AUGCUACAUCUACUUGCGGGUGUCCAGACAGACUUAGCCAAGUUAAACUAUGUCCUCGACGAAGCCAGAGACAGUAUGAUUGCUGUGCAGGGGAAGGUCAACAAGAUUAUCAAUAUUCUACGGGACAGAUCAAGUUGCUAUCUACCCGUUCCUUCACCGACCUGGCCGGCAGCGCCACUUGAAGCGAAUCACGUCUACCUGGACUAUGAACCACAACCAUACGCGCUCGGCUUUAAUGACCAUGUUGAGCACUUGACCCAUGAUUCCGCUUGGAUCCCUCAUGAUGAUCAUACUACUGUUGGUGACCUGGAAGUUCAACAGCAACCGUCUACCGUCCAAGAUCUGGCAGAACAGAACCUACCGGCUGGAGAAGCCCCUCAACCAUGUCAUGAUCGUACAAUCGACUACGACCUUACGAAAGGGGGAUGCUCGCGGACGCCACGAGUCGCGAAACGGCAUUUUGAUGAAGUUGAACAUUAA